CCUACAUCCGGUGAAUUAUCUGGCUCUUUGUUCUAUCUCUGUGUAGCAGCGGCUAUCUGGAACGAAGCAAAGCAGCCCCGGCUUUUUAGACUGGGAAUCAGCUGGCUAGCUAAUGGCUAUGCUUCAAUCAGAAUGAUAUCGCAGCGGGAACGAGGAGAACUCGCACGUUUUUAUACUGUUACGGACCCUAAAAAGCAUAAGAAAGGCUAUACAGUGUACAAAGUCACUGCAAGGAUCAUCUCCAGAAAGAACCCGGAGGACGUCCAAGAGAUCACGGUGUGGAAGAGGUACAGUGAUUUCCGGAAACUUCAUCACGACCUCUGGCAGCUACACAGGAAUCUCUUCAGCCAAUCAGAGCUCUUCCCACCAUUCGCCAAGGCCAAAGUGUUUGGUCGUUUUGAUGAGACGGUGAUUGAGGAGAGGAGGCAGUGCUCAGAAGAUCUGCUCCAGUUCUCUGCUAACAUCCCAGCCCUCUACAGCAGCCAGCACAUUCAGGACUUCUUCAAGGGAGGGGAGGUCAGCGACGGCUCAGAGCUUAUUGGACCGGCCGAACCCUUCUUGGACUUCCUGGCUGACAGCCUAUCAGACUGCGGCUCUGAAGUUCAGAGGGAUCUCGGUGGAGUAGAUGAUUUGACCAUUACCAGUCAGUCUGAAUAUGGAGGUCCGUCCAGUGACAGUGACCUGACUUCCCUGGCCGUAGACAUAGACUCUUUGGCUGAGCUGGACGAUGGCAUGGCCUCUGGCCGUAGCUCGCCCAACCAGCCACUGGGAGGCUCCAGCACCAUCACCAGUACCCACAGCAGCCCCUCUCUGCCCCCCCUGUAUGACUACCAGCAGCACCACCAUCAGCAGCACACCUCAAGUCCAGCCCCCGGCUCCCCAGCCCCCGAGGUCAGCCGAACUAGCAGGACAGCUCUGUUCCCCUCCAGUCUGAGGAGAGGUAACGCUAACGCCAGGGAAACCAAGAGAGACUACCUGGACAGGGCUAGCGAACACAUCCGAUUGGCUGUGCAGAAGGAAGCAGAGCAGGACUACCAAUCAGCUUUCUCCUACUACAGGAGCGGGGUGGAUUUGCUUCUGCAAGGGGUGCAAGGCGAGCCCAGCCCUACGAGGCGGGAGGCUGUGAAGAGAAGGACGGCUGAGUAUCUGAUGCGUGCUGAGCAGAUAUCCAAUCAGCAUCUGAGAAACAGCAUGGGUCAAGGGUCAACACAGACAGUGGCCAUGGGGGCACAAUGCUCUACCGCCACAUGCAGAGGGGGUCAGCAGAGUCCAGCCGAGGAGCUCAGGGCCUACAUGGUGCUGGGGGUCAUCGAUAAGGUUCUUCUGGUUAUGGACAAGAGAACCCAGGAGACCUUUAUUUUGAAAGGCUUGAGGAAGAGCAGUGACUGUGGGAGACCCAAGCGGACCAUCAUGCCUCACUCUGUACCCCACAUGGUGCGGCUGAGGAAGUUCAUUGUCUCAGAGGACACUGUGUUUCUUCUGCUACAUUACGCUGAGGGUGGGAAGCUGUGGUCUCACAUUGGGAAGUUCCUGCGUAACUCCAGCCCGGAGGACAGCUUCGACAUUCCCUUCAUUCAGAAAAGCCACACUACGGCAGUCUACUCUGCCCAACAUGCUGCUCCCAAGCUGGGCUUGGACUCUGGCAGCUCUGGGUCUGGGCCUGGAGCUGGGUCUGGUUCUGGAUGUGUGCUCCAGAGGCAAGAGGAGUCUUCUCUUGUCCUCCCCCAGAAGAGUGCUCUGCCUCCUGGACUGGCUGACCGCCUUAGGCCCCAGCCGGACUCUGGAGCGACCUCUGAGUUAGAGGAGUGCACCGACAGUUAUCUGAAUCUCUGUAAUGAGUACGAGCAAGAAAAGGUAGAACCAGAAGCUCUAGGAGAGGGGGAAGAGAAGGAGGGAGAGGGGUGUGUGUCGAGAGGACAGGAAGCAUCGUCGCUGGAUGUCACCGUCACCACGACGACCACUUCCUCCAGGACUCGCUCACUGCUUAGCAACGACAGCCUCUGCUCUCCAAUCAGCGCCCAGGAGCUGCGUUUCUUUACUCAGACGGCCGGGGAUCACAACAACGGGCAUGGCCAGGAAAUCGGGCAGGACCACGGCGAGGUGUUCAGCCCCUUGCUCUCCCCCGCCGUUCCCCUCUCGUUGGACCAGUCCAAACGCACCCCCAUGGAGUUCUUCCGUAUCGAUAGUAAGGACAGUGCUAGCGAGGUGACGUGGUGUCCUGACUCGGCCGAGCUGAGGCCCAAACCAGACCCUUCCAAGCCACUCCCCUUCCUGUCCACCUCUGACCUGGGCUCUGAAGUCACAGACCUGUCGGACUUUGUGGAGGAGGUGAAAGGUCAUGGAGGUGGGUCUGACCGGUGGGGUCUGGAUGGUAGUGACCAGGGCUCUAAUGAAUCGGUACCAGUCAUCUCCUUUAAAGAGGCAGUGGUGGAGGACGAGGGUCGACCCCCUGACCUCCUGGUCAACCUGCCUGGGGUCAUGGGUGGGGAGGGGUUGGUGGGGGUAACUGGGGAAGUGGAGGCCCUACAGGAGGAGCUGGUGUCCUCGGGGGUGUGUCUGGCCCAGGAGGCCAAAACCUCCCCUAAGUUGACCCAGCCGGACGUGCUGCAGCUCCACCAUGAACUUGAGGAGGGGGAGGAGCUGGCUGUGGUGCGGGCCCUCCCCUCGAGGGACAAACACACCACCUCUUCCUCUCCCUGCGCCUCCCUGGGGGACGACUGUGGCCUGGCCUUCGGACAAGAUGUCAAAAUGGCUUCCGGAGCUCCCGUACUCCCGAAUAAGGACUUCCUUCCUGCCAGCGCUGUGUCUAUAGCCCCGCUCUCUUCCUCCAACACAGACAUUCCAUUCGCUGACUCACUUAGCUCACUUCCUGAAAGAUUAGAAGCCAUUUUGAACCCACAGGUACACCCUGACAGUUUGGUUCUUAACCCAGACGGGACGAUAGCUGGCUCCAACUGUGGUCAGGAUGGGACAGGAGCUAGCUCUGGGGCAGAGAGUGCACUAGGCGUUGAGUCCCAGUUCCAGGCCUGUAAGGCUGGUGUGUUUGGUGUGGAGGACGUGGUAGAGUCAGAUAAGGAUGUGUCUCGGCUGUUUGCAGAGCUUGACCAGUUGUCUGCUGUAGCGUCCCAGGCCAGGAUUCCAGAGGAGUUUGUGAGGUGCUGGGCGGUGGACAUGGUCUCUGCCUUGGACUCACUCCAUCAGGAGGGCAUCGUCUGUAAGGACCUCAACCCCAACAACAUCCUCAUCAACAGCAAAGGCCAUGUUGAGCUGACGUAUUUCUGCAGCUGGAGUGACGUGGAGGACUCCUACGACAGGGAGGCCAUCGCUAACAUGUACAGUGCACCAGAGGUGGGCGGUAUAAGCGAGGAGACGGCAGCGUGUGAUUGGUGGAGUUUGGGAGCCAUCUUGUUUGAGCUGCUCAUAGGCAAGUCUCUGCUGCAGUGCCACCCAGCUGGUAUCAGUCGCCACACAGCCCUCAACGUCCCUGAGUUUGUAUCUGAGGAGGCCAUGUCGCUACUGGUGGAGCUUCUCCAGUUCAACCCCAUAGAGAGGCUGGGGGCGGGGGUGGCAGGAGCAGAGGACAUCAAAUCACAUCCCUUCUUUGGCCGAGUGGACUGGCCCAAAUAAGCCCAGUGCAUUGUGGGACGGUGGAGGUCAGAAAUGAAUGCUGUGGGCGGAUCGAGCUGCUGACAGGGUGGGCACACACACACACGCACACACGUACACCCAGACAUGGCCAGUGUCAACAAGUGAACUCUUGUUGGGGAGUUGGUCAAAUCGUCUACACACCUACCUUGUACAUGUUACUCUCACUGACGUUCUCUUUUUCCUCAUGUUGAGCAGCUUAGACUGUUGAGACAUGAUGCAUGUGGUGCAAUAAACUAACUAGUGCUUUUAUGGAAGGGUGGUUCACAAAGUCAAUGAAACGUUUUAUUAUUUCAACAAGACAACCAACGGUCUUCUGACAUUUCACAGUACAUGUACGUUCCCCUGUAUUGAUAGGUUGCAUACUGUUUUGUCCGACCUAAAAUUGUAGAUGCCCUCCUCUUGGCCGCAGAGCCAGAAUGUUGCUGUUUUAAACCGUAAUAUCCUGCAAUUCUACACUUUGCCAUGGGGCGAACUGAAAAUGUUACUGUUUUAAAGCUAAUUCCCUGCAAUUCUACACUUUUACUACAAUUCUACACAUAAUUCAACACAUUUUGCUGUGGGGCGGUGAGAACAUUUUUUAUUUUUAAAGCUAGUUUCCUGCAAUUCUACACAUUUUGUCAUAGCAUAAGAACACGGCAUAAGCCAUUUGAGUGACUCAAACAUAACAUCUAUGGGGCCCCAUGCCAUUUUUUGACUUUUAGAUUCUCCCGGACUGUCUAGUUUUUGUUUUGGUGAUUGUUAGUUCUCAAAGAUGAUCUUAUUUUAAAAUAUAUAGCUCUUAGCUUUUCUACCUACUUUUAUAUCUGGUUUUAGUCAUUUCCGUUUACACUGAAAACAUUUUAUCCUGAAAGUUAUUUGAAUUUUUGCAUAAAAAAAUAAAAUAAAACUACAUUUUUGGGAGUUUUGACAACGAUUGGCCACUGCUAGAUGAAUAUAGGGGAAACACUGGCAUUGUACACAGGAGAUGCAUUGUAUAACAGUUGCCAUGGUUGAAUGAAGGGUGAAUAUUGGUUGGAUUAUGGUUGAGUAAUGUUUUUGUAGGGUUGUCUGAAUGGUAUAGUCGAAGGUGCGUUUUUUUUUUAGCCAGAGAAACCCACUGUACUGUACAUCAGUGUUCUUCUGUGCAUUUGAUAAUAUAUUAUAUAUCAUAUUUAAUGAAAAGACAACUAUUGUAGAUUCAAUAAUUGAUGUUCAUGCAUUGAUCUCGUCAUGUCCAUUGUCAUGUAGCCUAAAACUCCCCAUCUGUGUGUUGUCAAGGUAACUUGUAAUGUCAUUUAUAUUCAUCUGUCUCACACCCAAUCCUCAUUGGUGUCCACUUCUACUCUGACCAAUACCUACUAUUUUCAAUCACUCACUGCCUCUACACAAUUUUUUUACAAUGAAUGUAGAGCUCCCAUUGGAUGACCUGACAGACUCCGCCUAUUACAAGUCCCACUGUAUGCUGCCUUCCUUGUUAAAAUGGCAGAACACUGUCACCCCCAAUGUAACUCCUGCGCAUCACAUACUGCCUCCUGCGCAUCACAUACUGCCUGUAACUAACCACAGAUCUAGGAUCAGCUUACACUAACCCAAUAUAACCAUAAACUACUCAGAGGAAAAACUGACUAUAGACCAGUACUUGGACACCUUGAUGAUUUGAAAAUCCCUAUUCAAACCUGAUUGAUUCCUCUAUUUUGUUCUGGCUCUCUGGUUAAUUGAUUGACUAACGGCAUGGCAUGGACCUAGCAGUUAGCCGUACACUUAGUCACUAUCCAUGUCCUACAAUGACCUAUUCUCUGAGAUGCCAAACACUACCAGUGAGAGAUGUAUGUAUGCCUACAAUAGUUGGUUUUGUAUGUUUCUUACUGUAUCUAGCUAUUCUCACUUACACAUGUUUUAUGUAUUAGUCUGUCUUCUCUGGAAUACAACUUAAUAAACACACAUCUGGAUCAUC